CACUAACCGAGACAUUAGAAACAAAAAGUUUAUGUGUAAUUGAUGCUGCUGUUUUAAUAGAGGCUACAAUUAAAAAUUUAGAAGAUAUUAAUUCAGAUUCAGAAAGAAUAAAUGAUCUGAUUGACAGCGCAACCUUGUUCGCAGCAAAUCUUGGUAUAGAUUCAAAAUCUGAUUUCAAAGUUCAUCACCGUACAAGAAAACAGCCCACUUGGUUGGACGAAAAUGCUGGUACUCAAGCUGAUUUAACUUUUCAUAUAUUUUAUAAAAAAGAGUUCAAAUGUAUACUGUCUACACUUAUUAAUUUAUCUAAAGACAAUUUAAAAGUAUUUAUUGAUACAAUAAUGCCACUGUAUAAAAUAUUCUCAUUUCCAUUCAAGAAUGAAAAUAUGAGCAUUGAAAAUAUACAAAAUGCUUUGUUAAUAUUUCCUCCUAACAGUGAUUUUGCAAAGUGCAAGGAUAUUGAUGCCAUUCAAACUGAAUUGGAAAUAUUAAAAGAAAUAUGCAAAGAUUUGAGUUUAACUAUGACAACAAAUUUUCUCAGUAUGAUUGAAAAAUGUGAAGAAGUUAAACAUAUCCUACCAUUAGCUAAUAAUAUUUGUCGAUUAGCAUUAACUGCACCGGUAAGUGUAGCUACUAAUGAACGGACAUUUAGCAAACUUAAACUGAUAAAAAAUCAUUUAAGAUCUACAAUGACAGACAAUAGAUUAGAUUCCCUAAUGCUGUUAAGUAUUGAAAAAGAUAUUUUAGAUACAGUUGAUGUAAGUAAAAUAGCAACUCAGUGGUUCAAUAUAAAACAAAGAAGAAUUCAAUUUUAA